AUGGCGAUAACCAAUUCUACUCCAUCCUCGACGGCUCCUCACUCUACGCAUACCGUCAAAGUAGGGCCGAAAGAGAACCCGCAUCAAUAUUCGCCGCAUAACCUCUCGGCCGCUGUUGGCGAUGUGAUCGUCUUCGAGUUCUACCCGCGCAACCAUUCCGUCGUCAAGGCAGACUUCAUGGCACCGUGUGUGCCUGCUGCUGGGGAGAUCUUCUAUUCCGGCCAGUACAAUACCUUCAACGAGGGUAGCGAUGGGCAGCUAGAAGGAGAGCCCACGUUCUUCUACUGCACGGCAGUCGACUCCUGUCUCGUCAAUGGAAUGGUCGGAGUGAUCAACCCGAACGAAACAAUGACCUGGGAAGCACAAUACGCCCAAGCAAGACGAUACCCCUACAUGCUCGUCCCGGGACAAUCACCUCCCGCGGAAGGAACAGGCUACUCGUCUUCAGCUGCCGACACCCACAACAAGAGCUCUUUCAGCAGUGGCGCCAUAGCCGGUACCGUGGUCGGCGGGCUUGCCUUUGUUGGCAUCCUCCUCGUCCUUGUGAUCAUGCUGUGUCGGAACAGGUAUAAACAGGGGCCAUCUUCGCAGGUCGGGCGGAUGGAGCGGACGGCUCGUUGGGCUCUCUUUAGUAGUCGAGGUGAGGGAAGGAGUGAGCAGGGAUUCACUGCGUCGUCUUCAGUGGGAGGCCAUGGUACAUUCUCGUCGAGCUCGGGCGCUUCGCCGCCUGCUGUCUCGCCUCCCCCGCAAAAUGUUGGAUAUUGGAACUGGGAGACUGCAACGAAGCAGUCACCGCCGCAAAAAGAGAUUCGUCAGCCGAGCGAGUUGGAGGCGAGGAGUGCUGUGGGUGUAACGCCAGGAGGGAUCUACUACGGAUGGAGGUGA